AUGUCAAUGAAUGAAUUAUUAAAAAUUGUACGAUAUUCAAAUUUAUUUGAUCUUAAUCAUUUAAUGGAUGCAAUUGAUUCAAUAAAUGAUGAAACAAAAACAUCUGUUAAUAAUAAUGAUGAUAGUACGAAUCAAUCAGGAAAUAAUAAAGAUUUAUUUUUAAUACGUGGAAAAAAUUAUCGAGGAAGAUUAAGAUUAGAUGAAAAUAUUGCGACAAAAAUACAUCAUGCUCAAGUUACAGAUGGAGAAAUGAAACAUGCAUUGCUCGAUGGUGAUGCAACUAAUUAUGAUCUGGAUCGUGGUUUUACUCGACAUCCAAUUGAUGAUAUGCGUAGUAUUUGUGUGAAAUUAGAUGGUCCAUCGAUUAUUAAUCAUAUUAAAUUAUUACUUUGGGAUAAAGAUACCCGUGCAUAUUCAUAUUAUGUUGAAGUAUCAGUUGAUGAUCUAACAUGGACACGUAUUAUUGAUUAUCGUACAUAUUUAUGUCGUUCAUGGCAAAAAUUAUAUUUUGCACCAGUUGUUGCCACAUCAAUACGUGUUGUUGGUACACAUAAUACUGUAAAUAAAGUUUUCCAUCUUGUUUCAAUGGAAGUUUAUUAUAUUCAAAAACCAUUUGCACUUAUUGGUGAUAUUUAUGCUCCAGUAGAAAAUGUUGCAACAUUAGAAGGUAGUGCUGUUGUAUCAGAAGGUGUUAGUCGAGUACGAAAUGCAUUAAUUAAUGGAGAUUAUCUUUCUUAUGAUUGGGAUUCAGGAUAUACAUGCCAUCAGCUUGGUUCAGGCGGAAUUGUUAUUCAAUUAUGUCAACCACAUGUUGUUAGUUCUAUGAGAUUAUUACUUUGGGAUUGUGAUAAUCGGUCAUAUUCUUAUUACAUUGAAACAUCAUAUGAUAAUAUGACAUGGUCAAAAGUUGUUGAUAGACAAACAGCUGCUUGCAGAUCAUGGGAAAUCUUAACAUUUUCUCCACGUAUUGUCGUUUUUAUACGUAUAUGUGGUACACAUAAUACUGCUAAUGAAGUCUUUCAUUGUGUACAUUUUGAAUGUCCAUGUCGACCUGAUGUACUUAAAUCUUAUAUGAAUGAGCAAACAUCUAUGUUAACAAGUGAUGAUCGUGAAGAAAAUAGUGUAACAUAUGAACAGUUUUAUAAGUUAUUUGAACCAUUAAUUGAUACAGCAGCAUUAAAUAAUCCUCCAUCAACAACUGAUAAUGGUUCAUUAAUUCAAAUGCAUACAUUAUUGCCAUUUCUUAUAAAACCAUCUUUAUCAUCAAUAUAUCCUCUUGAAAAAGAAAAUGAUGAAAAGAAUACAUAA